AUGGCGUCUACAGAUCCUCCAGACGCCAGUCUGCGCGGCCGUCUUGCUGCUGCGCUUCCGAAAGGCUACAAAUUCGGCAUCCAUCACGUUUCCACACCUCCCACGAAAGUCGACGCGCUCUACUCUGCGCCUCCAGGCGAGCGACCCGAACGAACAUACUGCGAGAAACACUUUCUGAGUGUUUCAAUUGACGCCGAAAGUCCAUCAUCAGAUGCUCCAACAAGCGAAAUCACGCCAGAACAGGCUGCGCAGCGCAAACGGGUCCUGAUUCUUGGCAUUGAGAUCUUCAUAUAUACCACGGCCCGGUCAACCACCUUGUUUGUGUCCAAGGCUGACUCUACUGGAUUUUUGAACAAACUACAGCUACCAAAAGGCGCUCCCAGCCCGAUACGAGAGGUUUGCGCGACCUUUGUGCGCUACCUGGUCGACAAGAGGAGGAGAAAGGACGUGCAAUUUGUCGUCAGCUUGUUUGCUCGCGCCCAAGAUCAAUACCUCUUCCCCGGAAGCAUCGAGUAUUCUGGCAAGCAUGUUUUAGACGACCGUGGCCUUGUCAAAUGGUGGUGCCGAGUGCUCGACCCCAUCGUCGAGUCGCCUCCACGCGGCAGUCUCUCAGCAUGGCGUAAUACCAAGGGCUACCUGCUUAUUCCUGGCUUAGACGCUUACGAAACCCGUGCUUUUAUCCCCCGUCGUGCCGGCGCGACAUCUAGCUGGGCGUUGAGCCAUCCACUGGAGCGCAUUUCUCACUACUCUCGAGAAUUUGACUGGGUACCACCGCGAUGUCUCAUUCCCAAAUUCCCAGACGACCCCAAGUGCCGGUUCCGCGAUGAGCUGGACGACGAGGUUACCAAGACCAAGGCAAUGAAAACGACGGGAAGCUGGAAAUCUGUAAAGACGCUGGACAUGUUUUGGGAGAUGAUGGCAUAUCGACAAGAGUGUUCAAGCGGGAGGAUGACGGGAUUUAUUUGGGUCGUAUUUGAUGAUUUGGAUGACGAGUCAAAGCAAGAUGGUAGUGAUAUCGUAUCAGUAUCUAGUGCCUCGGUCGUAACCAGUGCGUUGAGCGGCGCUCCAGAGACGCCCAGGAAACAGAGAACUCUGUCAAAUGUUACGCCAGCGACUACGCCCAGGAGACUGUUUCCAUCCAAAUCAGAUCAAAAUGGCGGCACGCCCACUAAAUCAAAGCGUGACUCUGAGCUUGAAGGCAGAAAAUCCAAGAAGCGAAAGGCGGCAAAGAUUAAGCGAAAGCUCAGAGGCCCAAUCAAGUCGCGCCAGCCGCGUAUCAAGACCAAGCAGCGCAACUAUCUCCUAGACAAGCCCGUAUCGACGGCCUACUAUUAUUGGCCGCACCACGGUCGAGGAGAGAGAAUCGUCGAUGAGACCGACUAUAAGCGCAUGCAUGAGCUGCUUCUGCGCCUGGACUUUGCGACGCUGGAAAAAGCCACCGGCAGCACUCGCCGCUGGUUAAGCGAAGUCGGUCUCGGCAGCCGGUGGGGCUUUGACGUUACGGGAACACGGGAACUCGCCGCUGCAUCGGCGGAGCAAACGACGGAUAGCGGAGCGGCGCCGGUGAACAACUUGUCUGGCCUUGUUAAGAGAAAGAGGUCGGAUACGGUAGGGGACGGGUCACAGGGCGAGGCCGCCAGUGCCAGCGUCAAUGUAUUGGGUGGUGGGCUUGUGAGGAAGAAGCCGAAGCAGGGUGAAGGUGAGGGUGAUACUCCGCCGGUCAAUGUUUUGAGUGCAGGACUGGUGAGGAAGAAGCAGAAGACAUGA